AUGGGCAAAUCAUCCAAGGACAAGCGCGACGCUUACUACCGUCUCGCAAAAGAACAAAACUGGCGCGCCCGUUCCGCCUUCAAACUUAUCCAGAUCGACGAGCAAUUCGACCUAUUCGAGCAUGAGGACCCGGACAAUGUCACAAGAGUGGUGGAUUUGUGCGCUGCACCCGGAAGUUGGAGUCAAGUUCUAAGUCGUGUUCUGAUCAAGGGCGAGAGCUUCGGCCGGCGCGCAUGGCUCGAGAAGAAACACCAAGCACAGCAAGGAUUGGCGGACGAGCCAACGAGUGAUGAUAAAAUGGAAAUUGAACCCAGCUCAAGCUCCGAGCUCAAGCCUCGCAAAAAUGUCAAAAUCGUCUCGAUCGACCUGCAGCCUAUGGCCCCUCUCGAGGGCAUCACAACCCUCAAAGCCGAUAUCACCCACCCCUCUACAAUCCCUCUCCUCUUGCGCGCCCUUGACCCCGAAGCAUACGCCCAGGCCUCCGAUUUACAAUCUUCUGCCCCGGAGGUUAUCAGACAACCCCACCCCGUUGAUCUGGUCAUCUCCGACGGUGCACCUGAUGUAACUGGACUUCACGACUUAGACAUCUACAUUCAAUCACAAUUGCUAUAUGCGGCACUCAACCUAGCCAUGGGUGUCCUCCGACCAGGCGGUAAAUUUGUUGCUAAGAUCUUCCGUGGUCGUGACGUGGAUCUGCUUUAUGCACAACUGCGCACCGUUUUCGAGCGUGUCAGCGUUGCCAAGCCACGGAGUAGUCGCGCGAGCAGCUUGGAAGCUUUUGUUGUUUGCGAAGGUUUCAUUCCUCCGGUUAGUGAUAGCGGUGUGGUCGGUAUGGCUGCAUUGAAGGAUCCUCUGUUCGGAGGUGCUGCUGCCCCAGUACCUGUGUCUGAGGAUGGCAAUGUUGCCGUCGAGGUUCGCGAGGAGAUUGAUGAACUUGCACAAAGACAAACUCCUCUGGCUGGAAGCACUGCUUCUGCACCAAAUCACACCACAGGAACCCGUCACCUUCAGAACCCAUCUGAAGAGAAUCAACCUACGAAGCUUUCCAACAAGUUCUCUGAGGAGAACCGAUGGAUUCCCUCAUUUAUUGCAUGUGGAGAUCUUUCUUCUUGGGACUCAGAUGCCUCAUACACGCUGCCGCCGGAUUACGUUACCUUAGAUCCAGUACAGCCUCCUACUGCUCCCCCAUACCGACGGGCAUUGGAGUUAAGGAAAGAAAUGGGCGGCGCAUACGGGAAGACCAAGUUUGGAACUAUAGGCCGGGCUUAA